AUGUACAAAAUUGGUGAUAUCGGAGUGCUGCAAUGUGCACCUUUGUCGCUGGAUUCGCCCAGUGCUCAAUAUCACGGUUGUAACCCCGGUACUGUGAUUCUUCCUAAAGGACAUCGAAAAGACAGCAAUCAUGUAGAAUUCGCAGCCGAUACUAUUCUCGAAAGGGAUAUUGAGAUUCCUCUACGCGAUGGGACCAUUUUGCGGGCUGAUGUCUAUCGCCCAAAGGAUUUUGAUGGAAAGGUUCCCGCGCUCAUGGCGUGGAGCCCUUACGGAAAAAGUGGACAAGGUUUUCUGAGUCUUGACUUGAUUCCUGGACGUGUUGGUGUUCCGCAAAACAAAUUAUCUGGGUUCGAAAGCUUUGAAGCGCCUGACCCGGCCGAGUGGACAUCUCGGGGCUAUGCAAUCGUCAAUGUGGACAUACGAGGAGUUUUCAACUCCACUGGCGACAUUAGAUGGUUCGGAACAGCUGACGGUCAGGAUGGCUAUGAUGCUAUUGAACAUGUGGCUCAGUUGGACUGGUGCACAGGAAAAGUUGCGCUGGUAGGAAAUUCAUGGCUGGCCGCAACCCAGUGGUCGAUCGCGGCUGAACAGCCACCCCACCUGGCCUGCAUCGCACCAUUAGAAGGUGUCAGCGAUUUCUAUCGAGAAACUCUUUGUCGAGGUGGUGUCCCAUACACGCCUUUCUGGGGCUUUCUCGGAAGCCAUGUGCUUUUUGGUAAGGGCUUUGCUUUAAAGUCAGGAGGAAGUUUCGAUGCUAAUUGUUGGAUGGCAGGCCGGAAUCAGCAAGAAGACGUGGUGGGUAUGAUAGGUCGAUACCCUUUGAUGAACGAGUACUGGGAGGAUAAGAGGGCGAAGAUUGAGGAUAUCCAGGUUCCUGCCUACGUUCUGGCAAGUUACUCCAGCGGUCUCCAUACAGUAGGCUCCUUCCGUGGGUUUGAAGAUAUUCCUCAUCAAAAAAAAUGGCUGCGAGUUCAUCCGACUUUUGAAUGGUAUGACCUUUACACACCAGAAAUGAACAACGACCUGCAGUUAUUCUUCGAUCGUUUCGCGAAAGGGAUCCAGAACUCAUGGGAGAAAACCCCACGAGUCAGAGUUUCCACAUUGAAUUUCCACAAGGAGCCAGAAGUAAAUCAUGCAUUUAAUGACUGGCCAGUCCCAAGUGCACAGCCUCAGAUGCUUUACCUGUGCGCUGGCGGGAAUCUCAAUGAGAACCCCUCUCCUAGCACCCUAAUGCUUUCUUAUCAGUCCGACAUUUCUGGAAUGCAGAUGGAUACAGACACUGAGGAACUCCAGUUCGUAUACACUUUCCAACGUCGCAGCCAUCUUAUUGGAUAUUCCAAGGUUGUUCUGUACAUGUCAUGCAACGAUCAUGACGACAUGGACGUCUUUGUACAGCUCCGCAAAGCGGACUCCACUGGAAAGAUAUUGCAGAAUAUCAAUAUCCCCCUGAGUGAUUUGAAGAUGCAAUCAUCAGAGGUCGAAACUAUCAACUGCUUGAAAUAUCUCGGGCCGACGGGUAUUCUUCGUGCCAGUCAUCGCAAAUUGGACUCUCGCCUCUCUAAGCCAUACUGGCCAGUUCACGCGCAUGACCAAGAAGAACGCGUGAAGCCGGGUGAGAUUGUGCAGCUGGAAAUUGGACUCUGGCCCACUGGCAUUGUAUUCGACGAGGGUGAAAAAUUGGUUUUGAAGAUUGCCGGACAUCAUAUGGCACUGGCUGAGUUCGUACCUUUGCGAGGAACUUUCAAGGCGGGCAACAAAGGUCGCCACAACGUCCAUAUGAGUCCCGAGCACCAAAGCCAUGUCAUCUUUCCCAUUGUCCAUAUUUAG